GUCAGAAGUGUCAGAACUCAGAAUGUGGAAUUUUCAUUGACGAUUGUAGUAUGGAUAAUAAUAAUAUUAAUAUACUGAUAAGAAUUCUGAAGUGAUAAUUAUUUGUAGUGAAAUGGGUUCGUUCUAUAAUUCCAGUAUCGAUCAAAUGUAUUAUUGAAUAGUUAAAUACUUCGGUCUUCCUUCAUCUCUCCAGUUGUACAUAGCUCACAAAGAUGCCUGCUCCACCUCCUCCUCCUCCUCCUCCAAUGGGAUCUUCGGGACCACCUCCCAUAUUCAAACCCCCGAAAAAUUCUAAUGAUAGGGAUGCUUUGCUAAAAUCUAUACAGAAAGGAGCUAAAUUGAAGAAAGCUGUCACUAAUGAUAAGAGUGCACCUAUGAUCGCAGGUGCGUCAAAAAAUUCUACUUCCGCUAGAAAUAACUCUUCUAAUAACAGUAUAUCUCCAAACAUGUCUUCAAACAAUGUGGUGUCUCCAAUGAAGAAUUUUGGUAGUAUACAGAUGGAAUUGAAAAAACAGCUGGCAAAUGUGAACGAGAACAGAAACAGGGGACCUCCGCCUCCUGCACCAAAUAGAAAUGGGUCUGCAGUUCUGAAUACACCACGACAACCCUUCUUACACAAAGAGAAUGCCCCAAACGGCGUACACUUGAGCCAGUUGGCCCCGAAUUCGAAUUCGAAUAUGAUGAUCAAUUCCAGUACUUUACACAGAAAAGCUAAGAGCAAUGCGAAUUUGAGCACGCUGCAGAUCAACGAAGAUAACAGGAAUGGAUUCCAACACAACAAGCUUGUUGUCAAUCAUGGAAAACCAAACUUGGCACCAAAGCCUCCUGUCAUGAAUGGCAAACCUAGUAACCUCCACCCUAGGAACGGAAAACCCGUCAGCAGGGCGCACAGCCUCAAAACGCCGCGGUCUCCGUCCCCUCAAAGUCCCGAAGACAUUCCGGCGAGCAAGUUCGGCACCGUCAGGCACAUGUCUUCGGUGAUCAGCCAGUCGUUGGCGAACGCCUCCGUGCAGAAUUCCAGGUCGAGGCCUGCGCUGAACGGCAGGCCUUCCGCACCGCCUCCUUCCAUACCGACCCAGCCGCCGCCUCCGCCUCCUGCCCCCUUCCACCAGCCUCCCCCUAGUCAGCCCCACCCGCCGCCGCCGCCGAAGUUGGGCGCGGUGAAGCACCCGAGCCACGCGCCGCCCCCGCCGCCGCCCGUCGCCAGCAUCCCGCAGGCGCCUAGUCACGCCCCGCCGCCGCCGCCUCACAAGACGCAGACCAUCAGACCGCCGGCGGUGCCACCUAUGAGUAAUAAUUUAAAUCCACCACCGCCACCACCAAGGCAUUCUUCUAUGAGAGAUGCUGCUUCAGUGACGAUGACAAUCAGCCUAGAUGAGAAGUAUAAAAAUAUGUUUAAACCCCCUAACCAAUUUCCCCAACCACCACCAUAUAGAAAUGUAAUUAAAAUAUAUAACUGUAAACCAGGACCCAUUAUCAAUUCAGGUUACGUCGUUUGACCAUAUCAUCUACUAUAAAUUGUUUAAAUAUUUGUUAUUAUUAAUAAUGAUUAAUACAGUUUUUCAAAAUGCG